GUGACACGUGACUCUCAGUUUUUACAUCACAGCUAAUGGUUCGUUUUCCUCCCAUUCUUCGUCGAUGGAUGACGCUCUUGGUAAUUGUUUUUGUUGUCCUCUUUGUUGGGAGCCGUAUUAUCGUCGUGAUGAACUCUCCUUCACUCUAUUAUUAUGACGAAGAAGAGAUUCAGGAGGGUUUGUGGGACGGUCUGCUGCAGCUUAUACAGUACAAUGAGGAGCGUGAAGAAAGCGCACCUCUCGCUAACGAAAUUUCAAGUUAUCGAUCUUUACAAUGGUCUUUGAUUCAGAGCAGAAAGGUGGAGGCUCUUUCACUGACAGAGGAUGAGCAAACAAUACAAAUACAUCUACCAGGAUGGGAUUUUACUGAAUAUGCAAACCCUCCUGAAGAACAAAUUGACAACACAAAGGAGGAAUUCACAUUUUCUGAUGAGACACGGGCUACCAAGCUUCCUAAGAUGAAGUAUCCAGUGCAGAAUCGUUUUCCUAUUAUCAUAUGGUGGACACCAUUUACAGGACAUAAACAUAUUGUUCGUCAGUGUGGACACGGUCGUUGCUUGUUCUCACACAAUCGUGAGCUGAAAGAUCAUACAAAAACUCGCGCACUCAUGUGGUAUGGAACAGACUUGAAGUUCAAAGAUCUGCCUCUACCACGUCAGUCAAAACACGAUUGGGCACUUCUGCAUGAGGAAUCACCAAAAAAUAAUUGGCCUAUUGUACACAAACCGAUUAUCAGUCUCUUUAAUCACACAUGCACAUUCAGAAGAGAAUCAUCAUAUCCAAUUACUUUACAAUACUUGCCAUCUAUGGAAUAUCUUACUGCACCGCUGCUGUUUGAUGUGUUGGAAAAAAAUCGAUUUAUUAGUGAACAAGGGCUGGCACCCGUUCUAUAUGUUCAGUCAGAUUGUGACGUUCCAUCAGACCGAGACAGAUAUGUCAAGAAGCUUAUGGAAUACAUUAAAGUUGAUUCGCUUGGAAAAUGUCUGCAUAAUAAAGAUCUUCCUGAUGAGUAUGUUGACCCUCUUACAAUGGACAAAGAAGGUUUCCACAAGAUCAUUGCCAAGUAUAAAUUCACGGUCUCAUUUGAGAAUGCAGUAUGCAAUGAUUACAUCACAGAGAAACUGUGGCGUACACUUAGUCUGGGUUCAUUGCCAAUAUACAUGGGAUCACCAUCCGUACAAGACUGGAUGCCAACCACAAAAGCUCUUAUAUUGGCCAAUGAUUAUCCUACUGUAGAAGCUCUAGCAAAUUACAUCAAAUUCCUGGAUGAAAAUGAUGAUGAGUAUGAACAGUAUUUUGACUUUAAAAAUCCAGGGAAAAUCACUAAUUCAUUGUUGAAAAACACUAUGAAAUCCCGAACUUGGGGAGUUGAUGACAUUGAACAAGAAAAUUUCAUCGAUGGUUUCGAAUGUCAUGUUUGCGAUCGUGUUUUUGAGGAACUUCUGGCCGAUGCUAAAAGGCAAAAGCCACCAACAUUUCAAGCCAAUGAUAGUCACUAUGGCUGCCCGCGACCACAACCUGCUGUUCCAGGCAUGAAGAUGGACAACAGUCUGAGGUCAUGGGUAGAGGAAUUUGACACAAGGUCAGCUGUUAUCGCCAAGGCAACACAACAAAUGGUGAAGUCUGGAGCAAACUCUAGCCGAGUAUUGAAUGACUUCAUCAAAAAAGUUUUCUCAGAGAUGAAAUCAAAUAAUUUUGACCACAACCAUUAUGAAAAUGAAUUAGUUAGUUGAUAUUAAUUGAAUCAUACAAAUGGAAU